UUUGAGGUUCAUGAUUCAGUUUUGUUUUGUCAGUGGGAGGAGUGUAUUAUAAUUAGAAAGUGGUUUUCGAUUAAUUAGUUCAGUAUUACGUCACUUUUUGCGUUAACUUUCAGUUUGUGUUUUUGUUCGACGCUCGAAUGAUUUUAUUUUGGAUCAAAAUGUUAGAAAUGAUAACGUAAAUUUGUUCUCUAACCGAACUAUUUUAUAUAUACGUAUAUAUAUACACCUUAUAAAACGUUCAAUAAUUUUGCCAUUGUUACCGCAACUCGUCGCGAUGACCGGCGCAAAGGUUCGUACAGUUACAAUUUCCUUAAUUCUCGGAAAAGUCGUUGUUCCUUACAAGUUAGUUCCUUAUUGGAACGAAUAUAAUUGAGAGAGUUGUCUGAAAAUAUGCGCACCAAUUUUUAGAAUAAACCAUGUAAUAAUCGACUGGUGAAUAAAUCGCGCGGAUGGGACAUAUUGAUUUUAGCGUCUCGGCGACUUAAUUUUCGGUGCUGGUUUGUAGUAAGGCCCCAACUUGACUCGCCGUUUGUGUGGUGCAUAAUCGUGAUUGUAAAAUGGUCAUUUUGUACAACAGGACUGUGGUUACUGAUUGUGAUAAUAUAUACUUCUGUGCUGGGAAUUGAAUGUGAAGAAAGUUCUUUCACGCCGUUUCCUGUAUAUACCUAAUCGAGUUAACUACUUCUGAGAUGCAUUUCCAUGAUUUCUCACACACUAUAAAGAAUCCAUGAUGACUAGCUUGGCGUUAACAUUGGAUAAUGUAGACGGAAGCGAAAAUACUGAACAAAUUAGUAAAUUAUUUCCAAAGUGUAGACCACGAAGUGAUAUCAAUCUCAAUCCAAUUAUUUCUCUGGGAAGAAACGAUGAUAACGUCGAUAAUACCCUCUCAGCUGCAAUGAAUAACGAAAAAGACAAUGAGAGAUGGGACGGCUCCUGCAGCGAUAGUAAAGAAAAUGUGAGCCCAAUCCAUUCCACAGACGACGACGAUGAUAUAAUUAUCGAAACUGAAUAUAUGGGUGAUGCGUACAAAUUACGCGAUUCCAGGAUAAUUGAAAUAGCCGGAGGACGUGAAAUUUAUUCUCAAAGCAGGAGUAAAGCAGUGCGAAAAUCUCGUAGCAUCACUGCCAGUGAUGAGAAUGACAGAAGGAAAAACAAUAAAUCUCCAAUCAAGCAAGGCGUGUGGGAAUUGCGAGGAAAAAAAAUUUGUUCCGUUAGACAACCCGAUUGUGAUCAAAAAUCUAAUGCUCAAGAAAAUGAAAAUAUGAUUAGUCCUAGUGGUAGUAUGUCUCAUGGGGAAAUAGUAAUUUUUGAUGAUAUUGGUGAUGAAUGGCAAGGGGAAGGCAGACUGGAAGAGGAGCAUGUCCUACAAAAUUCGACAGAUCUAUUCAGUGCAGAUCUCCUUGAAUCAGAUCGUGUUGCCAAGGUGAUUGGCAGUUUACCUAUCGCCGUCUACGAAGGGUCACCAAGAAGGUACGGUCCUCGUCCAGUAGAGACCGGUACACAUCCACAGCUUCCAAGUGCACAAAGUUUAUUAGCCUCCCCCAGUGUGUAUCCACCUCGACCCGGUUUUCCACAAAGAAUUGUAUGUACUCCGAGUGAUAUUGAGCAAGUUUCCAUAACGGAUACUACCCACUUUAGUAAAUCGAAACCUCUCUCUCCAUCUACAGCAACUCCUGCAACAACAGCCGCAUUUGAUUAUUUAUACGAAUUUUCCGAAACUAGAAAAGUAUUAGAAGAGUUUUUCAAAUGUCCUCCUCCAGAGGAAGAGAAUCCCUUGCAGUCAGAAUUUCACGACCUAGACUACGAAUUACGACUGCAGAGUACAGAUUCUGGAAAUUCGUACGUCGGUCAAAGAUUAGCAAAGGGUCGUCCUGAUCAGUGUGAUUUUGCUAUUAGGAUCGAUUCUCCAAAAAAACAUUCCAAUCACACCCACAUUAUGACAUUACAAGAUCAAGAUAUGGAGCAUGAAAAUAAUUUUCUAGAUUUAUCCAUAGGUACCGGAUCAAGCGGUGAUCUUGGUGAAACAGAGGUAGGCUUACAAGUAGGUCAGAGUCGUAAUUUUACUCUCUCCCCAGAAACGACCGAUUGCGAUUCUAACUGCGGAGAUCUGGACAGCGAGGUGUCUCUUAUGUUAAUGGAAAAUGAACUGCCCACCGUAGGAAUACUCGGAACGGGUGGUGAUGUAGGCAUUGUUAGUGAUUCUUCAAGACUGUGUUCGAGUAUGCCAGUGUUAGAGGACGGUCUAUCGUCGGGACACGCGAGCGAUACCGAUAACAAUAAUCCGACUGUUGUGCUUGUGAAACGGCAAAUCACGGAUGCUGAGAGAGAACUUAAUCAAAGCAUCAAUAAAAAUAUGCAAGGACUCUCCAAGCCAAUCGAAAAUGGUUUAUCUCCGUCUCGAACGAUUGUCGAUGUUGUCAAUGUGUGCACUAGUUAUGAAGACGUUCUCUCGCAAGUUGAUUCGUUAGUUGAGAAGACACCACCUCCGCCUGCUCCGGUACCACAUCGUUUCGCUGCCGGCGAAAAACCUGAUGACGUAGAAGCCGCCAUUAAGGAUAUAAGAUUAACGUUGCAGAGAACAAAAACAUUACCAUUUACGUCUUGUGCAGAGGAAGAACGGGAAAUCAAUACUGUUAGUCCAAUUUGGGUACCCAGACAACGUGGACUUUCGGCUACAAGUGGAGAUUCAGAUCGCAAAGUGCAAAGUGGCGAAGAGGGUGGAGAUGAAGAUGAAGCGGACACAGAUUUGGAGACUGACCGAUUGCUUGGCCAACAGCGUACCGACGACCAGGGGUUUUACGACGACAAGGGUUGGAGAAAACCUAAAAGUCGGACAGUUAUGCCUUCACAUAGUCUUUCAACUCCUAAGCAUAUGCUUAACCUUGAUGAAGGAACAAUUCCCUUAGUCCUCUCUGAACCAACCUCUCGUCCUUCUUCACCCGCCGCAGAAUCUGAUAAAAGUCAGUCUCCACAAAGCCAGAAAGGAUCUACUUCCUCCAUUAAACCUAAAAAGGACAAAGAAGCUAAAAAGAAGGGGCGCAACAAGGAAGGUGUGCUUGAACGGUCAGUGUUAAUAGAAGGCGUAUUAUUUCGCGCAAGAUAUUUGGGUUCUACGCAACUGGUAUGCGAGGGACAACCGACCAAGACGACAAGGAUGAUGCAAGCCGAAGAAGCGGUUUCGAGAAUAAAGGAGGCAUCCAACCAAAUGUUAGAAAGUUACAGCCAGCACUUUGGCCCGGGAAGUCCUGGCAGUGCUAGCUUUGACGAAACUCCUCUAGAUCCAGAACCAGACAAUGUAUGCAAAUCAGCCACGCCGUCUUUACAGGGUGUGCACGACACAAGUACCAUACCGCUGGCGCCUGGAACUACGGGAACUGUUUUUCGACUACAGUUCUUGGGUUCCGUCGAAGUGGAUGAGGAGGGGGGCCGUAAGCGUCGGAAGCGUCUGAAGAAAAAUAUGGUCGAAGUAGCCGUUACAAAGAUCAAGGCUUUGGCACCUGACGGCGAAACUCAGCCAAGUACGGAAGUGGAUUUAUUCAUUUCGACUGAGAAGAUUAUGGUAUUAAAUACUGAUCUGAAGGAAAUUAUGAUGGACCACGCACUUAGAACAAUAUCCUACAUCGCAGACAUAGGCGAUUUAGUCGUCCUUAUGGCUCGACGAAGGUUCGUGCCGCACGAGAUGGAAGAUCCUCCCAAAAUUAAUCGGACACCAAAAAUGAUUUGUCACGUUUUCGAGAGCGAAGAAGCACAAUUUAUUGCACAAUCAAUAGGGCAGGCGUUCCAAGUGGCUUAUAUGGAAUUUUUAAAGGCAAACGGUAUUGAAGAUCACAGUUUCGUAAAAGAGAUGGAUUACCAGGAAGUGCUGAAUUCUCAGGAGAUAUUCGGCGAUGAAUUGCAGAUGUUUGCGAAGAAAGAAAUGCAAAAGGAGGUCGUAGUUCCAAAAGCGAAGGGGGAAAUUUUGGGGGUCGUCAUUGUGGAAUCCGGUUGGGGUUCGAUGCUGCCAACUGUCGUUAUUGCAAACUUAGCGCCGGCCGGUGCGGCAGCGCGCUGUGGCCAAUUAAAUAUAGGAGAUCAGAUAAUCGCUAUUAAUGGUGUCAGCCUUGUUGGAUUGCCUUUAUCUACAUGUCAAAAUUACAUUAAGAAUUCCAAAAAUCAAACUGUCGUAAAAUUAACAGUAGUUCCUUGUGCACCUGUUGUAGAAGUAAAAAUUAAAAGACCCGAUACUAAAUACCAACUAGGAUUUAGUGUACAAAAUGGAGUGAUUUGUAGUUUAUUAAGAGGAGGCAUAGCCGAACGAGGCGGUGUUCGUGUAGGUCAUAGAAUUAUUGAAAUUAACAACCAAAGCGUAGUUGCUGUUCCACAUGAAAAAAUUGUAAAUUUAUUAGCUACAUCCGUGGGAGAGAUCCUAAUGAAGACAAUGCCCACUUCUAUGUUUCGUUUGCUAACAGGACAAGAAAAUCCGGUUUAUAUAUAAUGGAAGUUUAAUUGAUGGACUGAAAGUGCCUAAUUGUAGUUAAUAUUGACCUUUCGAUGGAAUAAAUCAAGUUGAUCAGUCAUGCUUCUGUUUUAGAUCUAUAUAUUUUUUAUUGUACAUGUUUCAUAGACUGAAGACAAUACGAGGGAAGCAGUGCUUUACCAUAACUGCGCUUUCAUAAUAGACCAUAUCUCAUCAUUGCAUACUGUACUUCUUGUGACUCCUAAGAGCAUAGACCAAAGACUGGUUGGAUAAGCAAAAUGAAUUCAAAUGAUGCGAGUAACUAAUUUCUUAAUGACAAAAACGAAACUUUUUGUUUAUCCAACCUUUAAGUAAUGCUGGCUCAAUAAUCAGUGUGGUAUUAUAUCUAGUCAGCUGCUAUUAGAAAUUUAACUUGUGUAUUUGUUAAUUUAAAGGUAUUAGAUCUCUCAAUUGAAAUACAAGGUGUCUACUUGAAAAGGUUUAAUUGAUCGGUGUCGUAAAAGGUGUGAAAUCAUUUCGGGGUAUGCAGGAGGAAUACAUUUUUGGGAAGCUCUUGAAUUUUACCCUUGCGUACUGCAGAAAAGGAUUUAAACAUCUGACAACACCUUUUUUUACCAGAAAAUAGCUUAUUGAACGUUUUCAAAUGGACAGCCUUUAUGGUAAAAAAUGUAUAAGUUGGUGCUUAAUAGAGACGAUCUUCUAUCAAUCGUUAAAACAACACACAUUGUAUAUUUGUAACUAUAUUUAAAGGUAAGAAUGGAAAGCGAGAUUUACUUUUUGCAAUUAUUUGAUAAAUUUUGUAUUGUAUAAGGUAAACGGACACCCAGUUAUUAUUAUUUAUUUUGUAUAACUUUAUGUACUAUAUCUAAGGUGUUUAUAAGACUUAGAACUCAUUUUCUAUAAUGCUUUUGUCGUAUGUUUAAACACUGUAAAUUUCACGUUGACGGCCUUACUCCUUUAAAACUUGGCACCUUAACCAUAUCAACUUUACAUCGUGUUUACUUACUUUAUGUGUUAAAUCCCAGCUCAUAUUUGAUCGACAUGUUACAUUUCCUUCAUCUAUAUAGCAUAAUAAACUUAUGUGUGAAAACUGUGUACAAAACAACUAUAAUACAGCAUCCGCUAUACUAGA